AUGUCGGAGCAAUGUAUUCCUCCAGACAAAUACCUUAAACUGCGAGAUCAGUACAAAUACUAUAUUGAUUCGUAUAACGCAUUAUAUCAGCUGAAAACGGAAAAUGAAGAAGACCUAAACAAGAUUUACAAAAUGAUACGAACAGAAUUGAUCGAUUCAAAGAAAUUUAUACCCCAAAAUAUUAUCAAAGAUAUUUUAAAUAUCAUUCCGUAUAAGAAUCGCUAUACAAAGUCAUAUUUAUAUCUUGCGAAACUCAUUUAUGAUGAUUAUCAUGUCAAAGAGGUCAUCAAUGUUAAUACUAUUUCAAAGUUCUUGUUUUAUAAAGAAUAUGGAAUUAGAUUAGACAAUUCAGGUGAUUUCGAAAGAAUUAGAUCAGGAAAUCUUGAUAUUCAUACAGAAGAUACAAUAUACAGAGCAAUUAUGUAUAAUGACUUAGAAAGAUUCAUCAUAUUCACAGAAAGAGAAGGAUUUGAUAAAAAUCAAAUGCUUAUAAGCAAAUUAUAUUCAAAUACUCGCUAUUCAUUACUUGAAUUAUGUUGUUAUCAUGGAGCAGUUGAUUGUUUCAAGUUUUUAAGAACAAAAUUUAAUUCAUCAAUAACUUAUGAAUGUCUAGAAUAUUCAUUUUUAGGUGGAAAUCCAGAGAUCAUGAGUGAAUGUUUGAAAUAUAAGGAACCAGUAACUUAUCCAGUACAAAAAAAUGCAAUUAUCUCACACAACAUUGAUUUUAUUACAUUCUUGAUGAAUGAAUACAAUGUUGAGAUCUAUUUAGAAUACUGUGCAUAUUAUAAUAAUCUUGAAGCAUUUUUAGUUUACUUUGAUCGAACUAAUGAUAUUAAUCUAUGCUUUGUUUAUUCAUCGAUGUUUAAUAUUCCAUCCCUUUGCAAAUAUUUCCUAUCACGUGGCGCUGAUAUCAAUGCAGAAAAUAGAGAUGAACAAACUGCUCUUCAUUGUGCGGCCUUAAAAAAUAGUAAAGAAACAGCCAAAUUUCUUAUUUCACGUCAUAUAAAUAUUAAUAAAAAAGAUGAUGAUGGACACACCCCUCUUCAUAAAGCGGCAAUUAAAAAUAGUAGAGCAGUCGCCCAACUUCUUAUUUCACAUGGUGCAAAUAUCUCUGUAAAAGAUAAGCAUCAAGGACAAACCGCACUUCUUUAUGCAGCAUAUAAAAAUAGUAAAGAAACAGCUGAAAUUCUUAUUUCACAUGGUAUAAAUAUCAAUGAAAAAGAUAAUAAUAGGGAAACCGCUCUUCAUAAAGCAGCACAUGAAAAUAGUAAAGAAACAGCUGAACUUCUUAUUUCACAUGGUAUAAAUAUCGAUGAAAAAUGUGAAUAUGGAGGAACUGCUCUUCAUAUUGCAGCAUAUUAUAAUAAAGAAACAGUUGAACUUCUUAUUUCACAUGGUGCAAAUGUCAAUGAAAAAGAUAAUGAAGGAAAAACACCACUUCAUAAUGCAGCACAGAAAAUGGUAAAGAAACAGCUGAACUUCUUAUUUCACAUGGUGCAAAUGUCAAUGAAAAAGAUAAAUAUGGAAGAACAGCUCUUCAUAAAGCAGCACAGAAAAAUGGUAAAGAAACAGCUGAAAUUCUUAUUUCACAUGGUGCAAAUAUUCAUGAAAAAGAUAAAGAUAGAUUAA